AUGCUGCAAGAGCAACACAUGGAGCCUUUAAGUUUUACUUAUAUAUCACUACUGCUAUUCGUAUUCAUUUCGAAAAAACGCACGCCACGGCAGCAAAAAUUGAGUGAAUUUCAAGGUGGCGAUUUGAAUAAGUACACAUCUGGAAUGUAUGCAAUACAAAAUGGCAAUGAAAUUUUUGGCGGUGCGUUUCUUUUGCUGCCGAAAUAA